AUGGCCGAAGGAUUCAAUGGCAUGGCCAUGGACCAGCCCGCUGGUACCAGCAGGACGAAUCCAUAUGCUGCGGAAUCGUGGCUCGAACCUUGGCUCAUCAAACAUUCCGAGUUCUACCGCAAACACCUGACCAGAGAUGGUCGCCGCGAGAGCAAGUCCACCCGCCGUCACAGCAUCGUUGCCGAAGGACUUGAGUCAAGGAAGAAUUCUGCCGCUCUGCCCGAGAACGACAGCGCAACAACCGAUGCCGCUCCCGCUCCCGUCGAAGAGCCACGACACAGUGUUGAGGGCGAAUCAUCCGCGUCCGAAUCUGAGAGCGCACCCAAGAAGACAAGACCAUUCCAUGGAUGGCGCAAGACUGUUGGCUGGGUCCCUCAUCCAUAG